CGCCCCUCGGCCGGCCACGCCCCUCCGGGAGACGGCGCGGCGGGAUGCGCCAGGAGCCGGGCGGCCGCGGCGGGAGGCGGCGGCGCCGGUGGCCGGUGGCCGCGCACCAUGGGGAACAAGCAGACCAUCUUCACGGAGGAGCAGCUGGACAACUACCAGGACUGCACCUUCUUCAAUAAGAAAGACAUCCUCAAGCUGCACGCCCGUUUCUACGAGCUGGCCCCCAACCUGGUGCCCAUGGACUACAGGAAGAGCCCCAUCGUCCACGUGCCCAUGAGCCUCAUCAUCCAGAUGCCGGAGCUGCGGGAGAACCCCUUCAAGGAGCGCAUUGUGGAGUCCUUCUCCGAGGACGGCGAGGGCAACCUCACCUUCGACGACUUUGUGGACAUGUUCUCCGCGCUCUGCGAGUCCGCGCCCCGCGACCUCAAGGCCAGCUACGCCUUCAAGAUCUACGACUUCAACACCGACAACUUCAUCUGCAAGGAGGACCUGGAGAUGACGCUGGCGCGGCUCACCAAGUCGGAGCUGGAGGAGGACGAGGUGGUGCUGGUGUGCGACAAGGUCAUCGAGGAGGCCGACCUGGACGGCGACGGCAAGCUGGGCUUCUCCGACUUCGAGGACAUGAUCGCCAAGGCGCCCGACUUCCUCAGCACCUUCCACGUCCGGAUCUAAGGACACGGCCGAGGUCCGGGCCCGAUGCCCACCGCCGUCCGCCUCUGCUGUCCGCACGGCUCCGCACGGCUCUGCCCUCCCAGCCGGCGGGACGGGAGCUGGGCCUCCGGGCUGACCCACGGGCACGCCCUGGGCCCUUUCAGCAAAAAGCCCUCCUCCACGGGCAGGGCAGGGGGAGGAGCGGGCCCCAGGGCGCCCCUCACAGGCCCUCCCUCUGCCCAGCCGCCCCUGUGCCCGGUC